AAGCUUGUGACUGGUCAUCGGUGGACGAAUCGUGGGUCGGGCGCAUUUUCAGUAAUUGUUGAUUGGAGAUCUCCAAAUAUUACACUGAUUAUUGGUUACUGUGUUUUAUUAACUUUGGAAGCGGUUACUGUAUUUCUAAUCGCGUAAAAACAAUAAUAUUAUUUGUUAUAAACUCGGUGUAAUUUGUGAAAAAGUCGAGGUCGGCGUGUCGCUUGACAAGAUGUCCGUGUGUUUCUUUGUGCCUGCUGACCAGACGAGCGGUUCAGUUGCGUCGGAGGACGUCGACGGGGAUGUAGUGGGUGAGGAGAGCUCGCCCGCGGAGACCGCACAGCAGAGCCUGCAGCAGUUCUGGCUGAAAGUCACCGAGGACAUUAAGAAGGUUAAUGCGGACGACCUAAAAUCGCAAGCUCUGCCCCUCGCUCGCAUAAAGAAGAUAAUGAAAUUGGAUGAGGAAGUGAAGAUGAUAUCGGCUGAGGCCCCGGUGCUGUUCGCGAAGGCCGCGGAGAUCUUCAUACACGAGCUGACGCUGCGGGCCUGGUCACACACCGAGGACAACAAGCGGAGGACGCUACAGCGGAACGACAUAGCGAUGGCGAUAACUAAGUGCGACCAGUUCGACUUCCUGAUCGAUAUCGUGCCGCGCCACGAGGUGAAGCCGCACAAGCCGCGCUACGAGCACCCGCCCAGACCAGCCCCGCAAGUUGAACAGUUGGCACAACAGCACCAAGCGACGCUCUCCACCACUGCCCAGCCGCAAAUUGUGAUACAGCCUUGUGCGCAAGUUGUACAGACGUCAGGGGCCUCGGGAUCGACGUCCAACAACGUUGUGUCCCAGCAGCCGGUCACUCUGGUGCAGCAGGUGGUCACGCCGUCCGGCGAGCUGCAGCAGUUGCCGAUCCAGCUAACACAAGCGCAGUUGAACAUGAUCCGUCUACAAGUGCAGAACAAUCCGAACCAGCCUAUCAUCAUACAGGCACAGCCGCAACAAUCGCCACAGAUCAUCCAGGUAUCCCAACAAGCGCAGCACCAGCCCCAGCAGCAGGUUUUCCUGGCGCAAGUGGCUACAACCCAAGAGGAUUCCUAGUGCGAGGACACCGACACCCAGGGUGAAUCGGACUAACUUUACACAGUGAUACUACAGUGCUUUAGUCACUAAGCGGAUACAAAGUGAUGUGACUCAAUGUGUAGUUUAUAAAGUGGGUGCUGUGUAAACAAUUUGAUAAAUAUAACCUGUGGUGUCCAUUGAUUGAACAAUUUGACGUAAUAGAAAUGACCUAUGGUGACUAGGAUUAAAAUUAUGGCUAAAACAAUAUGAACUGUUUAGGUAAAUUAGGAUACUAUAUAGUUAUGGUAAAUAGUGUUAGUUAAAUAAUUAUAUUGUACUAAAUUGUUUAAAAAUCAAAGGUUAUGGAGAUAUACAAAUACAUUUAUGAUUUUUGGCUGCCAUUAAUGCGCCAUCUAGCAGGAUCAUUUUACUGGAAGACUGUCAGUCUGUUAUUUUUGUAAAGAAAGCUCUUAUUUAAUAUUGUAAUUAAGUCAGUGUCAGGUUGUGCGUUUCUGACAAAACACGCAGUAGAAAAUAUAAGUGAAACGACAUUAUAACUUUAAUAUGGCAAAGUCUAUAGAUAUUUUUGUGGCGUAGGUAUCAGGAGAGCUUAUUUUGUUAUUUAAUGUGAUGAUUACAAAUUACAAAAGUAAAAUAACUUUUUACCAUGUGAUCGAGAGGGACGGCUCUAUUGGUACUCAAUAUUGUGAUGUCACAAAAAAAAA